UUCUAAAUGCUCGUAUAGUCAAAAGCAAAUUCCUAAAGCAACGGCUAUAAUUCCGCUCAUUCCACUCUUCACCUUCUCUUUCUCCCUCAUCGACAUUUCUACCGGAAAACUUCAAAAAGCCGGCGAAUAAACCGGAUACAACUUUGAAUUUUCCGAUAUCCAAUUCCGGGAAAUGCAGGGAGGAUAAUAAUAAUUAUAUUCAAAAAAACAAUAUAUCCUUCCAUGCCAUGUAAGUAAUUAUAUAAGCUUUUCUUCAUUGACCAUUUUGCUUUUUGAUUCUUUCUACUGGUAAAGAAUCCACUCUAUUGUUGAAAAAAAAUAGCCCCAGUGCGCCCCAUUAUUCUCACUUCUCACAUUCUUGAAAAAAUUUCCAAAAAAAGAUUGAACCUUUGAAGAUUUGUUCAGCUUCUUGAUCUUCUAGCUUAGUAUUUCUAAGGUAAUUUGGAUCAAUUUCAAAUUGGGCAUUUCCUAUUUCACUGUUUAGGUAAUGCUCUGUUUGUGUUUCUGAAAGAUAAUAAGAAAGUUUGAGUCUUUAUUAGUUUUUGAUUUUAUCUCUUUUUGGUGUAUCCUAAGUUAAAGGUUGAGUCUUUUGGUAAAAGGGGUUCAAAUUUCUUGCAUUUUGGACAUUGUUGAUGCUUUGUUUAGGAUUUUGAACAAUUGCAUAGUCAUCAAGGAGAAAAGGGGCUAGUUUUGUAAAGCCUUUGUUGUAUAAUCAUCACAAUGUCUGCUGUGGAUGUGGCUUUGAGUCCGGUUCAAGACGAGUCUGUCCGGUCUACGAGACAUAUCUAUGGCCCUUUGGCUCUUUGUACGAAUGAAUCGAUUGUAAUAUACAUCACUGUGGCUGGUUCUGUGAUUCCAAUGCGCGUGUUGGAAUCUGAUUCGAUUGGUGAAGUGAAACUUAAGAUCCAAACAUGUAAAGGUUUUGUGGUUAAGAUGCAGAAGCUAGUUUUUGGAGGUCGAGAGCUAGCAAGAAAUGAAUCUUUGGUUAAGGACUAUGGAGUUAGUAAUGGGAAUGUUUUGCAUUUGGUCCUGAAGAUAUCUGAUCUUCUUGUUAUCACUGUUAGGACUACUUGUGGGAAGGAAUUUGAAUUUCCUGUUGAUAGGCAUCAAGACAUCGGGUACCUAAAGCGUACCAUAUUGAAGAAAGGCAAAGAUUUUGGUGAGGAACUUAAGGUUCAUGAGCUUUUCUGUAAUGGUGAGAAGCUUGAGGAUAAGAAGCUCAUUGAUGAUGUUACUGCUGAUGCUGUGAUUCACUUGUUAGUUCAGAAAUUUGCAAAGGUUGGGGCUAAGCAUGUCGAGAGGGACGUUCAAUUCUUGGAACCUGUUGUUGUUAAUCCAAAUAUAGAACUGCCAUCCAAUAUUUGGGACAUGAUCAGCUCUGCAUGUGAUGGGUUGACGAAAGGAAAUAGACCGAUCAGAUCAUCUGAAGGGAGUGGAGGAACCUAUUUUAUGCAAGAUGGAUCUGGCAACAAGUAUGUUGCAAUUUUUAAGCCCGUAGAUGAGGAGCCGUUGGCUGUGAAUAAUCCUCAAGGGCUACCUUUAUCAACUAAUGGUGAAGGGUUGAAAAGGGGAACCCGAGUAGGAGAAGGUGCAUUUAGGGAAGUUGCAGCUUUUCUACUGGAUCAUCCGAGGAAGAGGGGACACCGAUCAUUAUCCAAUGGUGAGAUUGGAUUUUCUGGUGUGCCUCCUACUGCUAUGGUUCAGUGUUUGCACAAUGGAUUUCAUCAUCCUAAUGGAUUUGAGUGGUCGUCAGAGUACAUUAAGUUUGGUUCACUGCAGUUGUUUAUGAAGAAUGAAGGAAAUUGUGAGGAUAGGGGUCCUGGGGAAUUUCCUGUGGAGGAAGUUCAUAAGAUUACUGUCUUUGAUAUAAGAACAGCAAAUGCAGAUAGGCAUGCUGGGAAUAUUCUUGUGAGCAGAGAAAGGGAAAAAGGGCGAAUCGUGCUUACUCCAAUUGACCAUGGCUACUGCUUGCCUGAACAUUUCGAGGAUUGCACCUUUGAUUGGCUCUACUGGCCACAAGCGCGUCAGCCUUACUCUCCAGAAACUAUUGAGUACAUCAAAUCCCUGGAUGCUGAACAAGACAUUGUUCUCCUUAAGUUUUACGGAUUGGAUUUGUCUGCUGAAUGUGCUCGUACUCUUCGUAUCUCAACCAUGCUUCUGAAGAAAGGGGUAGAGAGAGGACUUACACCCUUUGACAUAGGAAGCAUAAUGUGCAGGGAAACCUUGAACAAGGAAUCUGUUAUCGAGGAAAUUGUUCGUGAUGCUCAAGAUUCUAUGCUUCCCGGCAUGACUGAAGCUGCAUUUCUCCAAACUGUCUCCAAGCUCAUGGAUAUCAAGCUUGAGAAGCUCAAAAUAUAAAUCUUUCCACGGAUUGUAAGUAUAUGUAUCUGUUGUAUGUAUAUAGCAUUCAGUCCAUAUAUAUAAAAAUGGACUGAAUGAAGAGAUAGUAAAGGUGGAUGACUGACUUUGUCGUCUAUGGUCAGAAACCUUUUCCCUCAACUUCUGCACAUUACCAAUUUGAUGGUUUUUCAAAUAUGGAUUAGAAGUUGCAAUAUGCAAUAAAUAAUAAAUAAAAAUAAACUGUUACUAUAAACAGUUGUCUUUGUAUCCUUU